AUCAGAGCUCCGAUACCUGUAAUCUCGGCAUAUCCGACCGCAGGUGCCCUGCCUUCUGCUCGGCUCGCUCACCCUCGCGGCAGUUCUAAAUUCAGAAAUGGACUUGCUACCCAUGCACUUCCGCACCUUUCAAUUCUUCGGCUUGUGGUACAGCGACUGGCGGAGCUACCGAUUCUUCAAGCUGGUCCACAGAUCGUUAGAAUUGCUCCUGAUAGUGCACGUCUGCCUUUUACAGAUAAUCGCGCUGUUCUCCGUGAAGCACAGCGUCGAAGAGUACACCAACAGCCUCUUCAUCGGCUUGACUCAUUUCGCCAAUAUCUACAAGACGGUCGUCUUCAUGGUUAAGAACCAGAGCAUCAACGAGAUGCUGGACAAGUUCCGCUUGGACAUCUGUCGAGCACGAGGUCGAGAAGAGGAGCAAAUCUUGGCGAAGUAUCUGCACAAAGCCAACUGGACCUACAGUGCAAGGAUGAUUCUCACUCUGUUCUGCGGUUCGAUAAGUAUCGUCGUGCCGAUUCUGGUUGGGAUAUUUACGGGUAAGCUGGAACUGCUUCCUCUGGACACGUACUUUUUUAACGUCAACGAUCUGAAACAGUGGACUUUGGCGUACGUUCUUCAAUCACUUACGGUAAUUACUGUUGUCGUGACCGAUGUCUGCUUGGACUCGACUCCCUGUGCCUUUAUGAUACUGGCCUGUGCACAGCUGGAAAUUUGUCGUCACAGGAUAAAGCAUGAUAAUAUGGCCUCACACGAGAUUGGUAAAGAUGUGCCUAGAAAAGGAUAUAAGGAGGAAAUGGCAUUAAAAGAAUACGUGAAACAUUACGUUUUGAUAAGGGAGGUAGUUUAUCAAAUACAAUCCGUUUUUAUAUCGAUCAUUUUGCCAAUUUUCUGCUCAGCUUUAUUGACGCUUUGCACCAGUAUAUUUGAACUAGCUCAGAAUUAUCACACAACAGGCGAAUAUUGCUUCAUCAUGUCAUAUCUUUGUUGUUUACUAGUUCAAAUUUUCUGCCUCUGUUGGUUUGGAAAUGAAUUACAAUUGAAGGGCGAAAUAGUAUCUAAUGCAAUAUACGAAACUGACUGGACAGUGAUGAAACCAUGUACAAAAAGAGAUUACUGGUAUUUGAUGUUCAUGGGUCAAAAUAAAUUCAUCAUAUCUUUUCAUGGCCAAUGUACUUUAACAUUGCAAACAUUUAUCUGGAUGAUAAAGACUUCUUAUGGUGCUUUUAAUUUAUUGACGCAAGUUGCAGAUACGUAAUAAUUAUAGACUUCCUUUCAACAAGAAGCCUUUUAUAGCCAUUAAAAAAUGUUACCGUAAUGCAAACUUGGAUCGCAAUGGUCUUGCAGUGAAUUUUAUAUGCAGAAACAAACGGUACAACUUACCGUUACGCUAUAUUUAUUUAUUUUAUUUAUUUAUUUUAUUUAUUUAAUAUAAUAAUAAUAAGUACGUAAUAGUUUAAUAUAUAAUAUAUACGAGCCUUUAUUUUAUCAUUUCACGCGUAGAUAAUUAAAUGUACUUGAAUCAUAAGAAAUACAAUUGAUUCUAAUAAUUUAAAUCAAAUUGUUUUUUAUUAAAUCGAUAACAGUUUUUAAUAGUAAAAAUUUUUCCAAAAAGUAUUUUAAUUAUAUGGAUACCAAUUAAACCAUCCAAAUUGUUAACGGCUCGCUCUAACUUAACGUACAAACGUGUUACAGAUUGAAAUAAUCUCGUACAUGUCUGUCAGGAUGUCGUACAUCCUUGACUAAUUAGCUAACUAUAAAAUAUUGAUCUGUAUUGUUACGUAUACACAUUAUAAUAUUUUGGUCUAUCUUCGUACGGUGCUCUUAGAAUGUAACUAGUUUUAAAAAUAUUUACUGGUGAAAACAUUUCUUCGUCUAAAAUACACCCAAACACUCACACACAAAUAAAAACAAAAAAUAAUAAUAAUUUAAAUAUCUAGUAAUUCAAAUCUUACUUUACAAGUAAAUUAUAAAAUGAGUACCUCUUUUACAUAAAAAUACACCUUUGUUCAGUGCAUGGAUUUUUCGUAUAUAAAAAUAUUUGAAACCAUCCAUAUUAUCAACACAUUACGUAGCGGUAGAGUUUUAUUUAAUCUGAGAUCAAGACUUUUGACGAAUUUCCAUUACAGCAAUAAUUCUGCUAAGCCACGCAUUUAUGCAAUUUGGCAUUUUAUGAUCACUGCGACGCAUCCGCUCUGCGUACUGUAAUCUCAGAAUAGCCAACCGCGCGCGUUUUGCUCCUCGGCUGUCUUUCACCCUCGCGAUUCUAAAUUCAGAAAUGGAUUUGCUACCUGUACACUUUUCAGUUGUUCGGCUUGUGGUACGAUGACCCGCGAACCUACCGACCCGCCAAGCUAGUCCACAGAUCUCUGGUGGUACUGCUGAUCAUCCACUUCAGUCUCUUUCAGAUGAUCGCGUUGUUCUCUGUGAAGCGCAGCGUCGACGAGUACACCAACACUCUCUUCUUUGCCAUGACUUUUUUCGUCCACAUCUACAAGAUGCUCGUCUUCUUGGCUAAGAAUCGUAGCGUCAAAGAGAUGCUGGACGAGUUUCGCUCGGAUAUCUGUCGAACGCGAGGUCCGGAGGAGGAAAAUAUCUUGGCCAAAUAUGUGCGGAGGGCUAACUGGAUCUACGGAGCCAGGAUGAUUCUCACUCUGUUGUGUGGUUCAAUACGUUGUGUCUUACCGAUCUUGAUAGGACUUUCUACCGGAGAGAUAGGCGAGCUACCCUUCGGCACGUACUUUUUCAACAUUUCCGAUUCGCUACAGUUCACUUUGGCCUACGUUCUGCAGACACUCGCGGUAGUCGCGGCUGUAGUCACUGACGUUUGUUUAGACUCAACGACUUGCACCUGUAUGAUCUUGACUUGUGCACAGCUUGAAAUUUGUUGUCACAGGAUAAGGUGUGAUAAUUCGAAUAAGGCUGUCGAUGCCGAUUCUGAUAUUGCUGAGGUGUUUAUCAGAAAGGAUAAAGAUGAAAAUUGUUUCAAAGAAUAUGCGAGACAUCACAUUACGAUACAGAAGAUAGUCCAGAGAAUACAGUCUGCUUUUAUACCGAUCGUUUUGCCAAUUUUCUGUUCGGCUUUGCUGACCCUUUGCACCAGUAUCUUUUAAAU